GUCACUUUCUUUCCGGAUCCAGGCUCAUAGCAAGCUGUAGAGAUGUUGAUGCCCAAGAAGAAUCGCGUUGCCAUCUACGAGCUCCUCUUCAAGGAGGGCGUGAUGGUGGCCAAGAAGGACGUCCACCUAGCCAAGCACCCGGAGCUGGCAGAGAAGAACGUGCCCAACCUGCACGUGAUGAAGGCCAUGCAGUCUCUCAAGUCCUGCGGCUACGUCAAGGAGCAGUUCGCCUGGCGCCACUUCUACUGGUACCUCACCAACGAGGGCAUCCAGUACCUGAGGGACUUCCUGCACCUGCCCCCCGAAAUUGUGCCCGCCACCCUCCGGCGCCAGACCCGCCCCGAGACCGCCCGCCCAAGGCCCAAAGGUAUGGAGGGGGAGAGGCCAGGUCGCAUGGCUCGUGGAGAGGCUGACAGAGACACAUACAGGCGUUCCGCUCAGCCAGCCGGCGGCGACAAGAAGGCCGAAGCAGGUGCAGGAGCUGCCACAGAAUUCCAGUUUAGGGGUGGUUUCGGACGUGGCCGGGGACAGCAGCCUCAGUAAUUUUAUGCUCAGUUCCUGUGAAUUAAAGUUCUGUAAAACACACGCUCAUUGCUAUGGUGAAUU